ACAGAGAACAAAUUACAGAAAGGAGAAAUCAAUUGAGAAUGGCGACGAUGAAAGUGAGCGCAUCACAUAUACUAAUCAAGCAUCAAGGUUCACGACGCAAGGCGUCUUGGAAAGAUCCAGAAGGCCGUAUCAUCUCCAUUACCACUAGAGAUGCUGCCGUCGAUCAGCUCAAGUCCAUCCGCGAAGAUAUCAUCUCCGGAAAAGCAAAUUUCCAGGACAUUGCAUCUCGCGUCUCCGAUUGCAGCUCCGCCAAGAGCGGUGGCGAUCUCGGUAGUUUUGGUAGGGGGCAAAUGCAGAAACCUUUUGAAGAAGCGACAUAUGGUUUGGAGGUCGGUGAAAUGAGCGACAUUGUGGACACCGAUAGUGGUGUCCACAUUAUAAUGAGAACAGCAUGAUGAUGAUGAGACGAAGAAAAAUGUCAAAUAAAUUUGAAUGAAUCCGAACUAAUAACAUUAUAAAGCAAUGAAUUAUACACUUUUUGAUAUAUGAUUAUCAAAACUGCUUAUUAUAAUGUGCUU